UCUCAAUAUUUUCAAUGGGAAAUCAACAAUUUCAACAACAAAAGCCAGGUUCAGGAGAUAAGCAAGGAGAAGGAGAUAAGAAGCGUCGUUUUGGGCCACCAAUCCCUACACGCUUUGGGAAGCGAAAGAAGGGAAGUAAAGGACCUGAAGCUAGCAAUAAAAUGCCUAAUGUGACACCAGUAUCUCGUUGCAAAUUGCGUCUUCUUAAAUAUGAACGGAUUAAAGAUUAUUUGUUAAUGGAAGAAGAAUUUAUUCGAAAUCAGGAAAGACAUAAACCUCAAGAAGAAAGGCAGGAAGAAGAACGGACAAAAGUUGAUGAGAUGAGAGGGUCACCAAUGGCUGUGGGUACUUUGGAGGAGAUUAUUGACGAUCAGCAUGCUGUUGUUUCGACGAACGUUGGAAGUGAACAUUAUGUUAAUAUUCUUUCAUUUGUUGACAAGGAACAAUUGGAGCCAGGCUGUGCAGUUCUUCUAAAUCACAAAACACAUGCAGUUGUUGGUGUUUUGGCUGAUGACACGGAUCCAAUGGUUUCUGUGAUGAAAUUGGAAAAGGCUCCAACUGAAACAUACGCUGAUGUUGGCGGUUUGGAGCAACAAAUUCAAGAAAUUAAGGAGGCAGUGGAAUUGCCACUUACACAUCCAGAGUACUAUGAGGAAAUUGGAAUCAAACCUCCAAAAGGAGUUAUUCUCUACGGCCCGCCUGGCACAGGCAAAACAUUGCUAGCUAAAGCUGUUGCUAAUCAAACGUCUGCCACCUUUUUGCGUGUUGUUGGUUCUGAGCUUAUUCAAAAAUAUUUGGGGGAUGGGCCUAAAAUGGUUAGGGAGUUGUUUCGGGUUGCUGAAGAACAUGCACCGUCAAUUGUUUUCAUCGACGAAAUUGACGCCAUUGGCACAAAACGUUAUGAAUCCAAUUCUGGUGGAGAACGCGAAAUUCAACGUACUAUGCUUGAAUUGCUCAAUCAACUAGAUGGUUUUGAUUCUCGUGGAGAUGUUAAGGUUUUAAUGGCCACAAAUCGAAUUGAUUCAUUAGAUCCAGCACUUAUUCGCCCUGGCCGUAUUGAUAGAAAAAUUGAAUUUCCACUUCCCGAUGAAAAAACUAAAAGACGUAUUUUUGGCAUUCACACAGCCCGUAUGCAAUUAGAAAAUGUUAAUUUGGAGGAAUUUAUUGAGGCAAAGGAUGACCUUUCGGGAGCUGAUGUUAAAGCAGUCUGUACUGAGGCCGGGCUUUUGGCACUUCGAGAUCGUCGAAUGCGUGUUACUAUGGAGGACAUGAGAAAAGCUAAAGAGAAUGUUCUCUACAGAAAGAAAGAUGGGGCACCGGAGUCUAUGUAUCUUUGAUUUGAUGUUUCCUGUAUUAUUUGUUUUUUGGGAGUGGUUGAAUAAAAUAUAUUUUUUUUUGAAUUU